CGUAACAAAAUAGUUUUUCGUGGUUGCAAACUCGCUAUCGAUUCCGGAAUGGUGUUGGCCGAGAAAAUAAUAAUCAGCUUUCUAUCAAAAUUGUUCUCGUUAAACCAAGCAAGAAUUAAAACUGAAUGUUUAGAAAUGUAGUUAUUAUUGUGGACUGUUUGGUGCACACGAAGUGCGCCCCGAAAAUCUUCGAAUAGUACGUGCUAAUCGGGUAGUGAAAAUCAAACGGUGUUUCCAAUUAAAUUUGUGUUAAUUUUUUCCUCUGUCAUUUGGUACUGCGGGAACUGGUGGUAUAUUGUGCUGCAACGAGCGAUCGGUGUUGUUUGAUUGGAGUCGGAACAAGUGGCCGUCGUCUAUCGUGCUGAUGUCGCUCCGCGGCUACUCUCGAAAUGGAGGUGAAGAAAGUUGCGAUAUGAAAAACUGGUGAAUGGAAUACAUGAAACAGCCAGAAAACUUGUAAACGGGAUUGUUGCUUAUGCUAUUUCAUAGCCUGUGAAUAAAAAUAAUAUGCUACUCCAUAAUUUUAAAAUUUCAAUAAGUUUUCUCAGUGCCUGUUGCUGGUUGCAAUUUUGUAAUUUUUUUGACGCAUUCUAUUUUAGCAAACAACCCACGAAGAAUGUAUAGCACCAAAUUUUACAUAUUCUUCAUGAAUGUCGCAAAGAAUCACUCCACUUUGCCAUUGCUCCCUUUUUCUUGAUUAUCUUCUUUUCGCCACGCAAUUUGCAAUGCUAAAUUAAUCGACUUUAACAGUUAGUAAUGAUUGCCCAGAAAGUGGAUGUGUUUGACCUGCUGCUGCAGCAGGUGUGAAAAUCAGAGGAUAAUAUGUGAAAAGCGUUUAGUUAUUUUUCAAUCACUACUUUCUUUUCUAAAGAAAAACUUGAAAAAAAAAAUAGAAGAAAACCUCAAACGAUGAUUACUUGGGAAAACUAUGAAGUGAGAAAGUGAUCAUCUAAUUUAUCAAGUAAAGCGAACUGCAAGAAAACAAGAAUCCUAACUAGGACUGUGUUGGUUUGGCUACGGUAAGCUGAUAACCUAUCCCAAAGCAAUGGACGAAGAGGCUUUGGUUGCGCGGGCCAAGGAGGAACGAACAAAGAUUUUCCAGCGUUAUGACCUAGGUCGAGAAGCAGGUGCCGUCAUCGAUCCAUGGGAAGAUCCGGCCUUCGAGGUGUACCAUCAAACCGAUCGCUACGGAUUCAUCCACGACAAACGUUUGCCCCAGAAGCAUGAUCCGCACGAGACCAAAGCGAACGAGAUCGAGAUGGAGCGGGUCAAGAAGUGGCUCAAGAUGCUUAACAAGUGGGGCGACAAAUCCGCUUUGGCCAAGUUGCAUAAACGUGUUUACAAGGGCAUCCCCGACAGUUUGCGAUCACGGGUUUGGAGAAAUCUGCUCAAUUUGGAGAUGAUUAUGAAGGACAGCAAGAAUCGAAAUAAGUACCAGGAGAUGUUAUCACUUGCCCGGCAAUGGGGCACCGAGGCAAGACAAAUCGAUUCAGAUGUAAAUCGACAGUUCCGGGAGCAUGUUUUCUACCGGGAGCGGUACAGCAUCAAGCAGAAAAGUUUGUUCAACGUUCUGGUAGCAUACAGUAUGUACAAUACAGAGGUUGGUUACUGCCAAGGCAUGUCAGGUCUGGCCGGUGUUCUGCUUAUGUACAUGGAUGAAGAAGAAGCUUUCUGGGCUCUAAGUAUACUGUUAGCGGAUAAGAAGUACGCUAUGCACGGAUUGUUCAUAGAAGGCUUUCCCAAACUCACACGCUUUCUAGCUCAUCAUGACAAAAUCAUAGCCAAAUUUAUACCAAAGCUAAAGAAACAUUUCGACCAGUAUAACUUGGACUCGAUUCUCUACUCGUUAAAAUGGUUCUUUGUUGUGUUCAUCGAACGGAUACCGUUCAGUCUCUGUUUACGCGUGUGGGAUAUUUAUCUUCUGGAUGGUGAAAAGGUUGUUACUGCGAUGGCUUAUACUAUUUUACGUUUGCAUAAGUCAAAGAUUUUGAAGCUCAAAGACAUGGAUCUGAUUGUGCAAUAUAUACAGACUAAGCUGCAUGUUGAUUUUGGUUACGACGACGAUUUGGUCAUUCAAUCGCUUGAAAAAAAUAUGGACGAGCUACGAAAGGCCGGAUUGGAGUUGCCACCAGCGGCCAGCGAGAUCGAACUGCCAAGGAAACCGUUCGGAGUGUUUGUCGAACCGACAGUCGAGGCUAAGGUAGGACAAGAGAUCGGCCGUCGUAAGCAGGAUUUCACUGAAACUGAAAAAGAGGUCACCGAAACAGUGAAAACGAAGCGUGAAAUUACGACCCAAGAGAUUGCGAAUCUUAACCAAAGUAACGCCACCGGAGGCGGUUCCAAUAGUCAACUAAAUGCUGUACACAUUCCUGAAUCUGAGGAUGGUGGCUCGCUUUUGGGCAGCUCGAGGAAAUCUCUUGCUGACACGUCCGUCACUUCUACCGCCGACUUAAGUGUUCUAUCCGGUGGACAAAGCCAGCGAUCCCAACAAGCGUUCGAACUGUGCUACGAUGAUCAUCCCAAAACCAUUGAGAGUGGUGACGAGGGGGAAAGUAGUCCCGGAUUACGGAAAAGAGCGAUAAUUCAUUCGGUCAAACACAAACUAACGAGAGGUCCUAUGUCGGCAAUCGGUUCCAUGAGCGUUGUUGCACGUAGUCCUUCGGCCCAGCUGGCUACACCCCGAGCAAUGUCUCCCCAGGACGUGGUGCGUAUCUACGUUCCUCCGGCACCGCCCGGGGAGCUGCGAAAACCUACACCGCAUUCAGCUUCCACAACCACUGUUAUGGCCGCUGCUGCGGUGAGCUCUGCUGCGAUCAACAAAAAAGAUUCACCAACUAAAAGUACCGGCAACAAUCGACAUUCGAAUGGCUCCAACUACUCUAGCAGUGGAACACCCGUCGUUGUAAGCCGUCAGAGCAACUACAAUGACGACGAAGAAGACGAGGUCAAAACAAGAAGGAACAGUGAGAUUGAGUUAUACCAGGCCCCGUACAGUAGCGGGAGGUUCGAGUAUGGCAGUGAUUAUGGAGCGACUUCAUCAAUCCAAAACUUUGCUGUGAAUGGACGCUCUACAUCAAGCUCAAGGCGAGGUAGCAUGUCCCGGAAGUCACCGGCACCGAUGCUGGAUGGGGAAUUCAUUAUCGAAUGUAGUCAUUUGAAAGGAAGGAAGUAUGUACCGGAACAUCAUACUAGCCAAACCAGUUUGAAUCAAGGUGCAGUGAAGGUAAGGAAUGGUUCGGAAAACAACAUUCACCGGAUGACGUCGUUCGAGGAACUGGCUAAAAAUAAGUAUCUAAGCGGAAGCAAUAGUAGUCUGUUAAAAAACAUCAGUGAUGAUUAUAUCAUACGUCAGAUGAUACGUGCAAAGGGAAAUAGGAUGACCAGAAGCGAGAUUUACGAAACGGUUGAUAGCAGUGAAAGUGGAAGUAACGAUCGAUAUGAAAUGUAUGCUUCCAUCAAACCACAGCAAAUUUCAAGGGGACAUAAAAGUGAUUACAAUAUUCAGUACAAGAAUCUUUCGACAAGGGGUGCUACUGGGGAGGGCAACAGUCAGGAGUACAACAGUUUCGAAUAUAAAACAUUUAAGACGAGGCAAAGUAGCAGGGAAAGCGGGAACGAUAGUAGCCCGUUUGACUACGAUCUGCUACCGGAUGGUCGACAUGAGAACACUGCCCUUCGAGAUUACGAUAGAUUUUUCAACAACGAAGAUGACGAUGAGGAUAAACUUCUGAACAAAUCAUCGGACGAGUCUUCCACUAGUCCUCCUCCACACAGACAAUUGCAUUACGUGCAAAAAACACCAGCUGUAGUAAAAAGCCCCAGCAUUGAAUCGGUUCCACUCCUUGCUUCAUCUUUAACGGGUACUCCUAGAACAUUUAAUGCCCCUCCAUCUUCGGCUAUUCCAGUGAGUAACAGCAUGAAACGCAACAAAUAUUCUACGGAAGCAUUCCGACUAGAACUGUCCUCGCCCUUAACAUCAUCCAACCGUCGAAAUACUAGUGAUUCCAGUUCCUCGGCUAGCGGAGCUCUUCGGCAAAAUCAACAGCAGCAAACUGGCUCGAGAAUUCCUGUCAUAAAAUCUCCAACGUCGCCUACAUCAUCUCGGCAAGGCUCGCUACGGAAACAGCACCGUUCAAAAAUUCCAACAUCACAUCAACAAAUUACUUCGCCCUUAGCCCCCACUAGUACCAUCCAUCAUACUGCAAACGGAAGCAGAAUACCGCCACCAUCUCAUUUUUCACCAACCUCUUCAGGACCAUCAUCACUUACGUCUUCUCAGCGAGGGCAUGAAUCGAGCAGCAUUGGACGAUCACGUAUCAGUUCGUCUAUUUCUGCACACCAAAUGCGCCAAACGGCUGCUGAUUCCAAUAAAAUUCGUAUUAAGGUAAAUCAGUCCCAAUCGUAUAGCUCCGGUUAGAUGUCAGCAACACCGCCAAUAGCUUGCCCAUGAAACGGUCAAGUUCUCUAUUCAUUCCAGUAACUAGAUGAUAAGACUUUUAUUUUACUCUAUUUUAUUAACACGUGUUCGAUCAGAGCCUUUAAGCGUAGAAGACUGGAUUUCGAAUCUGUUUAUUAAUCGAUCAUUUCGUUUUACUAUACUGAAUAGACACGAAACGAAUUUUAACUUAUGUUUUAGAAAUUGGUUGCGUGGACGCAAAUAAAAAUUUUACAUCAAACUGCAUUUAUUGCACUUACUGAAAGUAGGACGACGCGUUAAAAUAUAGCAAGUAAAACAAAAUGGCAAUAUAUAUUACUAUUCAGCUCGUUGUAGAUGGUCAAUGAUUUAGGCCGAGAUGUAUUAACCAAAUUGAGCAGAUGCGCGUGGAGGUAGAAUGCUUAGGCGAAGUAUUGUUGAACUUUUCCCAAACCACACGUUGUGGUACGAAAACAUUCCGUAACUUAGAUGUCAGCCAGCAGGCCACAAGCGGUUUAGAACUGUCCCUCUGUUUCAAAAAUUCAACGGCGUGUGUGUCGUUUUAUGGAGAAUUCAGCCUCUUUGUUUGGAUUUUUAGUUGCGUCAUAAUACAAUGCCGUUAGCAGAAAAUUAAAUGUACAGACGUUUCAAUAGUAAAACUAUAUAUUAAAGAUUGAAUUUCAAACAGGAAUUUGGACGAGUAAUACGUUAUGGGAAACAACGAGACACACAUUUUAAGCUUACUGUAAUUUGUGAUCUUUUCUAAAACAAACUAAAACUUCCAAUGCAAUGGAAUUGUCAGCGGAAAUUGUUUUAGCAUUAUAUAAAUGUCGAUUGUAUUUAUACAUGCUACAUGACACUCAAACUCGUUUGGUUUGUUACACAUUUCUAUUCCAGUGGUCUGAGUAGACAAGAAAUUCUGUUUCGAAAGUAAUUUGCUUGAUUUUGCCUCAUAAACUUUUUUGAGGGAACAGACCAGUUGAUCAGAAGAGGGGAUCCACAGUUUCAAUUUAGCACGGAAACGGCCUAGUAUUCAUCAAUUUCCAAGAACGUUGAACGUGAACUGAAAGCUAUACAUACAGUGAACCCGGUUAAUUACCCGCUAUUAUCUAUUACUUAGAAUUUUCCUGAAUUAAUUACUUCUGUGUUCCUGAUAAUAGAUUCUCAAAUCACAAAGAAUCCAUUGACAAAAGUUUUUCAAAUUCAAAAAUAUUUCUUCGUGGGUUUGACUAGUUGGUGGGAUCUAUCUGAGCUUAGGUGAGCUUUUAAAAGAUAUGCUUCAUACCACACAUACCAAAAAGUCCUAUAUGAAUCUGCCCAACAAUUUUGCAAUUCGUAACCGAUUUUUGGCAUUUAAGACUAUCGUUGUGACUUGAUCAUAUUACUGGCUUGUAAAAUCAUAAGUUUACACCUACAAAUUCUACCUAACAUACGUUCUAAUAAAUAGGUGCUUUUACACAAUCAAUACUACCGCCAAUACUUGAGAUUAUAGAAAAAAAGUAUGCAUGAGAUAAUGGGAAAAAUGGAUUGUCGUUAUGCAUUCGAAUUGAAUUGACGUAUUGAUGGGAAUAGUAUUUAACGUGUAAAGUGGACUCUACACGGGCAAAAAUAAUAACAAUAAACCAAUUGUUGACCAUUGUAUUGAUGCUCUAAAGGUAUUAAAGGGAUCUUUAAAACAUAGAUUCAAUAAAAUUUGAAUGGAAUUGACGUCUCGUCUAUAUUUUUUGGCAAGUAUAGGGCCCGCUGGUGACCGUAGUCGCGAUACGAACAAAGUUGUUUAGUGGAAUCUCGUCUAACCCUUAAAGGCGCAAGUCGAUUUUUUGAAAAUUGUCUCACAGAUCUAGUACGUUACAACGAUAAUUUUGAGACUAUUUUCACAAUGUUGUUUUAAAACAACAUUGCGCAUUUAAGGGCUAAUUUAUUACAAAGACAUCUAAAACAAAAAAAAAGUUUGGCAACUCCCACACCUAUUACCUACUUAGUAAUGCUAUGCUCAAUCUUGGGUUGAACUCGAUAAUUCCAAUAAUAACCUGUAAAGUGACAUUGACGGCAUUGUGAUCUGUACAGCUAAACACAACUAGACAAAGUUAGUUUGUAACUGUUUCUGUUAGAGCAAACAUGACGGAUGACAUACUACAAUGUCAUCUCAAAUAUACAUAAAGGAAACAUACAAAAGUUUAACCCGUUGUUAAUAUCUCUGCCAAUGUAAAUGGAUCUUCAGUAGCGCCAGCAGAUCUGAACCGAGUCGACUUUUCAUGAUUUUUUUUCUUUUGAAAAGAAGUCGAUAGAUUAAGAAUGUUUAUAUUCAUUAAAUUAUUUCGUAUGACUGUAUAUUACAAAAGAUAAUGGAGAAGUAAAAAAUAUUUAUAUUUGGCACGAAACAAUAGAAUUUUCAUUGAUUUUGACUUUAAAACAUUGGCGUACAUAAUUGACAUUUGGUGACCCUGACUGGCAUAAGCACAGUGCCGCUUGGGUUUCUAGCUGAUACUUUUAUUCUCCAAAAAUGUAUUGAGCGCAUAGACGUUCUUAUUUUUUUAAUAAAAUCAAGGGAUAAUAUU